UAAAUAUUAUAUUACGUUUUAAUAUUUAGGAGAUUAUUUUGAAAUUGGAAAUUUGAUGAAUAAAUAUUGGGACCAAAAGAAAAUAUUGGCUCCUGGUUGUGAACCUGUGCUUAUCAAGGAAAUAAUGGACAUAUUAAAGCCAUUGUGCUAUGGUCAGUUACUUGUUGGGGCUGGAGGAGGUGGAUUCAUGUGUGUCUUAACAAAAGAACUAAAUGCAAUGGAGAGUUUAAAAACAUCUUUAACAAUAUACAAGGAAUAUAAUAAGUUGACUUUUCAUAAAGUCAAUAUCGAUUUAGAUGGUUUGAUAGUAAGCUAGAUGAUUUGUAGCUUUUAUUUUUUAUUUGCAAAUGUUUUGUCUAUCACGUCAUGUGUA